CCCAACUCGGCGACGCUGCGCAAAACACCUCGCUUUUUGUACUCUUCCGUCUUUGCCCUCGCGCUAUCGCCUCCGGUGCAUUGCUCGGCCGGCGUGUACUUGUACACCCAGCGAGGGAGGGAGGAGGGAAAUACAAAGAAAGAAAAGCAAGUCUUCCUUCGUUCGUUCAUGGAGAGCUCUUCUCAUAAGCGGGCGCGGGAGGCGGCGGCGGACCUCUCCGCCGGCGAGGGCGGCGCGCUGCCGGAGGCCGACGCCAAGAGGCUGCGGCCCGAGGACCUGCUCGACAUGCUCGACGAUGACACCGACGCGGCAACCGCCGGCGACCUGGCGUCCGUCAUGCGAAGCCUCGAGGAGGAGAUAGCCAGCUUCGACGAGGCCGGAGCCACCGCCGCCGCUGCGCCGCCGGCGCACCACCAGCAGCAGCCGGAGCUCGGGUUCCUGCUCGAGGCCUCGGACGACGAGCUCGGGCUCCCGCCGGCGGGGGCCUCCUCUUCGUCGGAGGACGCCGGCGGCGCGGCCGGGGAGGAGCCGGACGUGGCCGCCGGGCUCGACGGCCAGAUCUGGGGGUUCGAGGACGAGAUAGACGGAGGCUUCGGCGGCUACUCGCCGGAGGCGGCCGCCGCGGCCGCCGCGGCGGCGGCGUGGGACGACGACGGCUUCGACGCCGGCCUAUUCGCGUUCGGCGACGACGCUUGCGGGCCCUCGGAUCUCGCGGCCCUGCGCCACGAGACCAUGCCGGCCGUCUGAUGACGGGCCCCGGCCGGCCGGCUGACCGGCCCGCCAGUGGAUUAGCGUUUUUUCUUUUUCUUGCUCUUUUAUUUUUACCCUUGGCUAACCUUAGCUGGUACUACCCUUUUUUUUAACCUUGGUGUAAAGUUUUUAGAAGGGUAAAAACAGAGGCGUGGGAACUUGGGGGAAGGUUCCGACUUCCGACCGGGGGAAAAGAAUCUGAAAAUGGUUUCCCUUUUUGCCCUUGGGAUUUAUUUCUCGCCUAUUAUAUAGCAUGAAAAAAAGAAGAAAUAAGCUAGCGAGCAAGUAAAAUACAGCAGUGAAGUCAAAACAAAGAUGCGGCCACGUUGGUUGCGUGGAUGGAGGUUAAUACAAUGACAUGUGGCUGCUGCAAGGGUGCUGACCUACUGACGUGACAGACCGAAAUCUUAGAAAAAAAGAUCUGCGAUGAAUUGUGGACUGAAAAAUUAAUGGCCAUUGUUUUUCAUCAGACAAAAAAAUAAUGGAUGGGAAUACUCGUAAA